AUGGCUUCCCUUAAUGCAGAUUCUGUGCCUGCUCCGGCCUUACAUAGCAAUUGGGUUGUGCAAAAGUUUGGCGGUACCAGCGUCGGCAAGUUUGCGCUCAAUAUCAUUGAGCAAGUGGUGCUACCGAGUCUCGUUGAUAGUCGAGUUGCCGUGGUCUGCUCGGCGAGAAGCAAUUCUACCAAAGCAGAGGGCACCACCAACCGAUUACUCCGCGCCGCACGAGAUGCCGAAAACUCGCAAUCCCGGCACUAUGAAUCACUCAUCGAGGCCGUCCGCCUGGAGCACGUGCAAGUGGUCCAGGAACAAUUAAAGUCUGUCGACCUCAAGGAACAAGUCGUGGCCGAUAUAAAUGGAGAAUGUGAGCGUGUCCUCAAGGUCCUCGAGGCCGCCCAGACCUUGGGAGAGAUCAGUUCUCGUUGCAUCGAUAAAGUGAUGAGUACUGGUGAAAAAUUAAGCUGUCGUCUCAUGGCCGCCUUCCUGCAGGAUCGGGGAGUUGAUUCACAAUACGUGGAUCUGGCCGAUAUAAUUGAUUUCCCCAUUGGCAGCCAUGGCCUAGACCAGACCUUUUAUAAUAGCUUAGCCACCAAUCUUGGGAAAAAGAUCGAGGCAUGCGGACAUCGUGUACCUGUGGUGACCGGAUACUUUGGCACUAUCCCCGGUGGUUUACUCGACCAGGUGGGCCGUGGUUACACCGAUUUAUGCGCAGCCCUCGUGGCAGUGGGAACCCACGCCAAAGAGCUUCAGGUAUGGAAAGAAGUGGAUGGCAUCUUCACCGCAGACCCUCGCAAAGUGCCCACUGCUCGCCUUCUCCCGACCAUCACCCCGGCUGAAGCAGCUGAAUUGACCUUCUAUGGAUCCGAGGUUAUUCACCCCUUCACCAUGGAACAGGUUAUUCGAGCAAAGAUCCCCAUUCGCAUCAAGAACGUGAUGAACCCCAGGAAUCGCGGUACCAUCAUCUUCCCCGACAGUGUCGCGGAACUCGACCGACACACCCCGGGCCAUGACCCGCGAUUGUUCCGCACCCGCAGUGCCAGCAUGAUGCAGAAACCGAAGCGGCCCACAGCGGUCACUAUUAAGCAUAACAUCCUGGUGAUCAACGUUCAUUCGAACAAGCGGUCAUUAUCCCAUGGUUUCUUUGCCGGAAUUUUCUCCGUGCUGGACAAGUGGCGCCUUUCAAUUGAUCUGAUUUCCACCAGCGAGGUCCAUGUGUCCAUGGCCUUACAUUCGGAGAUGCCCUUAUUAAAUGGCAAUGGGCGCGAUGAUUACCAAGUCAUUGACGAUGACUUGAAGGGCGCAUUGAACGACUUGAGCAAGUACGGCAUGGUGGAUAUCAUCCCCGACAUGGCCAUUCUCAGUCUAGUCGGCAAACAGAUGAAGAAUAUGAUUGGAGUGGCCGGGCGCAUGUUCACUACGCUCGGCGAGAACAACGUCAAUAUCGAGAUGAUCUCGCAAGGUGCAAGUGAAAUCAACAUCUCGUGUGUCAUUGAAGAACGCGACGCGGAUCGUGCCCUGAAUAUCAUUCACACCAGCAUGUUCACCUUUCUAGAAUAG